AUGAAUCCAAUGUUCAUAAUCACUGGCAUUGAAAAAGGUUACGAAGCUAAAGACUUCAUACAAGAACUUAUAAGACUGAACAUUGAAUUGUACAGUGGCAGAAAAAUAAGAUCUGAAAGCUGCUCCAAAGAUAAGACUACCAAACAGAAGGAGAACCUCGCCAAAAUAGCCCUACUCCAUCAAAAUGUUCAGUCUCUUGGAAACUCAUUAAACGAGAUAAACCAGAUGUUGAUGGACCACGACGACUUUAAAUUUAUUUGCAUAACAGAGCACUGGAAGAGACAAGACCAGAUCAUCAACUAUGGAACUAGAGACUUCAAACUUGCAUCUUGUUUUUUGCAGGAAAGAAGGGAAACAUGGUGGAAGUUUUAUGAGCCUAGCAGUUCAGUGUUUAGAAAGGUCAGAUAUAAGGUCAUUAUCAGUGAGUACAAUCAAUUAUUAGCGGAUGCCAGAUAUAAGUCAUAUCAAAGACGCAUAGAGUCGGACAAUAAGUCAAAACGUGUUUGGGGUAUUGUGAAGGAAAUAAAAGGUCAAACUAGAAAUGAUUGUGUCAUACCAGGUGAUGCUGAAAUUACUACACAUGCGCUCAAUGAAUAUUGUAUAAAUGAAGUCGCUAAAUUAUUACCACAAACACCUUCUGACUUUUUACGCCAUGCGGAACAGUGUACGCCGCUAGAACAUGUCAGUGCUCAAGAAAUAUUGGAGCUGGGGGAUAAAAUUAAAAACAAAAUGAGUAGUGGCAAAGAUGGUAUUCCAGCUAAUAUUCUGAACUAUUCUUUGAAAGUGAUUCUUGAACCCCUAGUUUACAUAAUAAAUAAUUCACUUAUGUAUGGUAUUUUUCCUGAAAAUCUGGAAUUAGCCAUAAUCUUUCCGGUAUAUAAGGAACCCUAA